CAGCGCCCCCCUCGCCGCCCGCGCCCAAGGAGCGCUUCCCCGGCCAGUCCGUCUACCACCUCAAGUGGGUGCGCUGGAAGGAGGAGAACACGCCCGUCGUCACCCAGAACGAGAACGGGCCCUGCCCGCUCCUCGCCAUCAUGAACGCCCUGCUGCUCGCCUGGAAGGUGAAGCUACCACCAAUGAUGGAAAUCAUUACCGCUGAACAGUUGAUGGAAUAUCUAGGAGACUACAUCCUUGAUGCAAAACCAAAAGAGAUUUCUGAAAUACAGCGUCUCAACUAUGAGCAGAAUAUGAGUGAUGCAAUGGCCAUCUUGCACAAGCUUCAGACAGGCCUGGAUGUCAACGUGAAGUUCACUGGCGUGCGAGUCUUCGAAUACACACCUGAAUGCAUCGUGUUUGACCUUCUUGAUAUUCCGCUGUACCAUGGGUGGCUAGUGGACCCUCAGAUUGCUGAUAUUGUGAAGGCGGUUGGUAACUGCAGCUACAAUCAGCUGGUGGAGAAAAUCAUCUGCUGUAAGCAGUCGGACAACAGAGAGCUGGUUGACGAAGGUGUUGUGGCAGAGCAGUUUCUAAACAACACAGCCACUCAGUUGACCUACCACGGAUUAUGUGAAUUAACUUCCACAGUUCAAGAAGGAGAACUAUGUGUGUUCUUUAGAAACAACCACUUUAGCACCAUGACCAAACAUAAGGGUCAGCUUUACCUUUUGGUGACAGAUCAGGGUUUCCUUACAGAAGAGAAAGUUGUUUGGGAAAGUUUACACAACGUGGACGGGGAUGGGAAUUUCUGUGACUCGGAAUUCCACCUGCGACCUCCGUCAGAUCCAGAGACUGUCUACAGGGGGCAGCAAGAUCAGAUUGACCAGGACUACCUGAUGGCCUUGUCUCUGCAACAAGAGCAGCAAAGCCAAGACAUCAACUGGGAGCAGAUCCCAGAAGGAAUCAGCGACCUCGAACUGGCCAAGAAGCUCCAGGAGGAGGAGGACAGGCGGGCCUCGCAGUUCUACCAGGAGCAAGAACAGGCGGCGGUCGCUGCCGCUGCUCAGCUCCAGGUGCCAGGAGCUGCCUCUCCAGCCACAGGAAGACAAUCGGGGAGCAGCGAGCGGAAGCGCAAAGAGCCUCGGGAGAAGGAGAAAGAGAAAGAGAAGAACAGCUGCGUGAUUCUAUAACAGCAGGUGGAUUCUGCCCAGACCCGCUGGAGCCUUGGAUCCUAUGGACGGACGCCCA